UAAGCGCCUUAAAUAAGAUGCCACCACAAACGGCGAUUGUACUGUGACUGAGGCUCAGAAUGCAGAACGAGGUGUGAGCCAAUUUGCUCUCAACGUCUGCAACUCAUGUCCAACUUGAUCCGCAGGCACUUACGCUGUUGCAGUAUGUCCGGACACGGGGCAGUUUGACCAGAAAAUGCGGGUUUAUUUGCGGCUGACCUGGUGGCAAGAACAAAAGCUUGAAGAUUUCCCAUUUGAAGAAUGAAAAUGUAUUUCCAGGCUAUCACCUUGUAUUUUGCAUUUGCCAUAUGGUAUUAUGGUGCUCGAGCCUCUGGAACUCAGUGUAAAAUACAGGAUCUGGUUGUGGAUUGUCGUCACUUAAAGCUCUCAAGCGUCCCUUCUGACCUUCCAGUCAACAUCACAGUGCUAAAUCUCUCCCAUAACCAACUGAAGCACUUGCCAGCUUCUGCACUGUCUCGGUACAGUCAGCUUCAAGCUUUGGAUUCUGGCUAUAAUGUCAUUACUAAAAUCGAAGAAAACCUUUGCAAAGUUCUUCCAUUCCUACAAACGCUGGGGCUUGAACACAAUCAGUUGUCUCAGUUGUCUGUACAUUACUUCUCGUACUGUAGCAACCUGACUGAGCUGUACAUACAGUUCAAUAGAAUCAAGGAGAUCACAGGCGACCCUUUCACAAAUCUUCAGGAGUUGACAGUCCUGGAUGUGUCUCACAAUAAAUUGGCUUCUGCCAAACUGGGAACUGAACCACAGUUGCAAAAGCUGCAAAGAUUGGUGCUGUCUGCAAACAAAAUCACACAGUUAAAGAAUGAUGAUUUUGAUUUCCUCAACACCAGCACACUGUACCAGCUGGAUUUGUCAUCCAACAGCAUUGCUGAGUUUGAACCUGGUUGUUUCCGCAAAAUUGGAAGUUUACACGGUCUACUUUUGGACAAUGUUGUUCUCUCUUCCAGACUUGCUAAGCAACUCUGUGGAGCAUUGUCACACACUGACAUUGCUGAGCUUUCUUUAAGGAACACCCACCUGAAAAUAGAGAGGUCAACUUUUGCUGAAUUAAACAAAACAAACUUGACAGUUCUUGAUCUGUCAAACAACAGGUUAACUAUGCUGCAAAAUAAUUCAUUUCAGUGGCUGCACAGCUUGGAGUAUCUUCAGCUUGAAAACAACAGCAUUAAACAUGUCAUCCCAAAAACAUUUGCUGGAUUGGAAAAUUUGAGGUAUUUGAACUUGAAGAAAGGCCUCACCCAAGCAGAAUCUGUCAUUGAUGAUUACUCAUUUCAGGAGUUGGGAAACCUAGUGGAACUCAAUCUAGAAUACAAUAAUAUUGCACGUAUUAAAGCACAUACUUUCUCAGGCUUGAGAAGUCUGAAAUUCCUUAGCCUGUAUAAGGCAUCUGUGGUGGAUCUAAACACUAUCACUAAUGAAACUUUCAUGUCACUUGCAGAGUCUCCCCUUGUCAGUUUGAACCUCACAAAAACAAAAAUUUCAAAACUGCAGCCUGGAGCUUUUUCCUGGUUAAAGAAACUGAAGAAGCUGGAUAUAGGUCUCAAUUCCAUCGCUCAGAUCCUAACAGGAGAGGAAUUUCGAGGUCUAACUGAGAUAGAGGUGAUAUAUCUGUCGUAUAACUCGAAAUUGAUUUUGUCUUCAAAAUCCUUUAUACAUGUCCCUUCUCUAAAAAUCUUGAUGCUUAGCAAAUCAGCAAUUGUCUCAUUGAGUCUUGAACCUUCGCCAUUUGAUUGCAUUAAGAAUCUCACUGUCCUUGACCUCAGCAACAAUAAUUUAGCCAAUUUAGAUAAGGAUGUUUUCCGUGAGCUUCAGCAGCUUCAAGUUUUAAAGUUACAACACAAUAACUUGGCACGGCUCUGGAAGAGUGUUAAUCCUGGAGGUCCAGUUCUUUAUCUAAGUGGUUUAAAAGAGCUUCAGAUUCUGGAUUUGCAAUCCAAUGGGUUAGAUGAGCUCCCAGAGAAAGCUUUUCAAGGAUUGUAUAAACUGAAUAAUUUGGAUUUAAGCUUGAACAACUUAAACUUUCUUCCAGAUGUUGUAUUUGAUGACUUGAAGUCUCUCAAAUUGCUUCAUGUACAGAAAAAUCUGAUUACAUCUGUUGAAAAAGAUGUUUUCAACCAAUUGGCUUCUUGUCGAAGGCUCAAUACAACAGCCCAUGUUCUCGGGCAUCAUCGUUCACCCUGUCCAAAUAAAUCUGCAGUCAACGCAACCACCAAUGAAUGGAUAUCACUGACUGUUGGACUGUCCCCAGUCAACACUACAGCACCUACACCACUUCCUUUUCCCAACAGCCUGCUGUCUGAUUUAGUUACUACUUUAUCAGUCACGUCCUAUCAGUCUGACCCAACACCCUCAACAAAUACUGCUUCCUAUGAGAAAUGGAGUAAUUUCAUUCCAGUCACGUCAUCAAAGAAUCUUCCCAGUUCACCGAAAAGUCUUCACCAUCCAGUUUGUCAACCAUUGUCCCAUUCUGUCUUACCUUCACCCAUUUUUUCAUUUCACACAAUGCCCCAUGGAUAUGAUGCACACAUAAAGCAGAAAGCAGAAAAACCUCAGGAAUCCCCUCAGACAUUCAAAAUUCUUCCCUCCCUCAAUGGUAGAACACCCAACACUAUGGAAGUUUCUUUAGUUAUUACAGAGCCAUUUGAAAGUAGCUCUCCAGAGAAAUUGCUGCAGGUCAGGGAUGAGCAGGAACUUUGUGAAGAAUUACAGUCAAUCAUUGAUGGAAGCCAGUCAAAGAGUGAUCAAAUUAAACACACAUGUUUCCAUGGGCAUCCAAACAAGGAACUUCCAGAACUCUUUAUAGAGGAAGAUCCUAGUGAGGCCUAUAACGCACCAGAGGCACAUAGAAAGAAGCCAGUUAUGCCUGAUGAUCAGAAGGCAGCAAGUAUUGAAAAUGAGGUACAAAUACCGCGGAGAAAGAAACUCGUUCUGAAAUAA